GUCUAUUGCUGGCAGCACCAAUUCACCGAGUCAAAUUCUGUGAAUGUGUGAAUGUAGGCCACUUGGGCAAUAAAAGUUAUUUUGAUUCUGAUAGACAGUACUUCGAAUUUCCUAGCCUCUUACUAUAUCCCAUACAAUCAUGCGUCAGUGACCCAGGGAGCAUGGGAGAAAGAGAAGACAAAUGUUUUCUCAAUAAAAAAACAGGUUUAUUGGCAAGAACCUAGUUAUUUUGUAUAUUUUAUGAAAUAGGAACAACUCUGAAUACACGAUCAAUUCAUUUUGUAAAUUAUUUUUCAACAUUUUGGUUUGUGUGAUUUGUUGGCUAUUUACGCUGGUAACGCGUAGUCAAGCGCAUCAUAAUUUGGUUAUGACAUCACAAUGUUAAAUAGGCAACAUAUUUUGAUGUUCUGCAAAAUAAGGCAUAGUCUACAAAUACACUGAAAUGGGAUGUUUGUGUUGCUGUAAAAAGAAAAAGAAGUGCAGAGUUCGCCUCGGGAUUGGGAGCCGCUGUCCAUCGCCGUUCCCAAUCCCACCCAAACUGACGUCAUUGGAUGCCAGCAUGGUAACUGCGUCAGUUUGGAAAAACCGGGAGAAGAAGAACGUAAAGGAUCACCACCAACUUGAUUCUUCCUUUGUCUCUUCUUUCCAUUUGAAACCGUCUACAACAUCUCUGACACCCCUCGACCCCUUGUCUGGCCGAACACCAAUCGGCGCUGCAUCCCCCUCACCCCCUGGAUCCCCUGCCAGAUCCCCUUCCACUCUCUCCAAGUUCUUCAGCCUCUCUUCCCUCUCCUCUCUCCACAUGUCAUCUGUCUCUUCUUCUUCAGAGGAAGGAUCACAGACCUCCUCCCCUUUUAGUGCUUCCUCUGUUUCCCUGGCUGUCUCAACUCAGCCAUCCUCCUCUGCCACUCCCCCCAGUCCUGCCUGCCCUUCCUCCACAACCCACGUCUCCUCCCCUGCCCCCCAGUCCUCCUCUCCAAACCCCGUGGACCACCAUGGAGAGACCAACAAAGACAGUGAGACUGCCAGAGAUCUUAUGAGCUCUGAGGUCAAAGAGGUGGGGGCAUUUGUUCCACAGACAAAGAGAAUGGUACCCCGAUUUGCUGGCAUCGCAGAGGCCUCCAUUGACCUGAGGGAUUCCUCUGUCUCCUUGGAGAGGCCAUUGGUCAGACCUCGGGAAGCCAUGGCUCGCCUCCCAAACCUGUUCAGCAAGAGUAGCACCCAGCUGGGGGAGCAGAGCUGCACAGGCGAGGGCGAAGACAACACCAAGCUCCUCGGGUUGCCUAAUAUUGGCAACACCUGCUUCAUGAACUCUGCUCUGCAGUGCCUGCUGGGGCUGCCAGCAUUUUGCAGAGACAUCCUGAGACAACAGGACACCUGGAGUUUCUCCCCCUCCUCUAAACUGCUAUGCUGCUUUGCCGAGUUACAUCAGGCAAGGCUUUCUGGAGGCACUGUCAAUGCUAAGAAAAAGGAAAAGAUGAAAAUCCUUCAAACAGUCAAGCGCUGUCUCUCCGUUGUCAAUGAGGACUAUGAGGACGACGGUGAACAGGAUGCCCAUGAAUGUGUGUUGCUCCUCCUCUUUCAGCUGAAGGAGGAGGGUAUGGCAUUAAAGGGCUCCCCAGAGCCAUACACCUGCCCCGUGAAGCAGUUAGAAUUCAAGCUGAAGACUUUCCGUACCUGCACCAGCUGUGGAGUUAUAGUGUAUGGUCAGGAGGAUUACAAUCACCUGUCACUGAACCUGAGCCAAGACCUGACACACAGCCUGGACCUCUACUUUAAGCCAUCUGCAUUAGAGUGUGCAUGCAGGGUGUGCUCAGGCAGCAUGGCAUCUGUGACUAGGCACUUCCUCACGCUGCCCCGGGUCCUAAUGCUUCAUAUCAAGCGGUUUACUGCAGGCAACUGGGAGCCAGAGAAGGUGGAUGAUCCCAUAUCCAUCCCUGCAGAACUGACCCUCCCAGCCGUAUGUGGGGCGACAGCCCCUGUCCAGCAUGGAGCCAGGGCAAGCUCCAUGGGGAAAAACAACAUGGACAACACACCUGCAAACUCCCCGAAAGGCACCCUUGAUAGACCAGCUUCAAAUUCCUCUGACCAGCUAGAGAAACCAGCUGUUAGUGAGAAAGAGCAGCAGGCAGCCGCUGUGAGACACCAGCCAGACAAUAUCUACAAAUUGUCAAGUGUGAUCUCACAUCUGGGAGACAACAUGUGUACAGGUAAAAUGCACGCACGCACACACAAUUCUGAAAGCUUAAUGUACACUCUAUUCUGUUUCCCUUGUUCCCUAGGCCACUACAUCAGUGAUGUUUUGGACAGCCGUGGCAGUGGGUGGCUCUGCCUGGAUGACGCACAUGUCUUGAGGACAGAUGAGGCCACUGUGCUGAGGGCAACGGCACAGACUGCCUACAUCCUGUUCUAUGUCUGCAGUGGAGCAGGUGAAGGAGACCAGGCCCCUCACUACUAGGAGAAGCACCAGGAGAACCCAUCGUUAGGGGCACAGCGCUCAGGGACCACCUGGAGUAGCACCUACCGCACACCAAGAAACAUCAGAUUCAUCGAAUUAGGAUGCCCUAGACCACCAUCAAGCUGCCCUAGACCACCAUCAAGCUGCCCUAGACCACCAUCAAGCUGCCCUAGACCACCAUCAAGCUGCCCUAGACCACCAUCAAGCUGCCCUAGACCACCAUCAAGCUGCCCUAGACCACCAUCAAGCUGCCCUAGACCACCAUCAAGCUGCCCUAGACCACCAUCAAGCUGCCCUAGACCACCAUCAAGCUGCCCUAGACCACCAUCAAGCUGCCCUAGACCACCAUCAGGCUGCCCUAGACCACCAGAAGAAACAGCCUACACCACUGUAGGCUAUCCACUGUUUAUAUAAAUAUAAAACAUCUCACCUACCUAGUGCAAUUCAUUUUCCUUUACUGUACAUGGUAGUUAAUAACUGUACCUACAGUGCAUUCAGAAAGUAUUCAGACCCCUUGACUUUUUCCACAUUUUGUUAAGUUACAGCCUUAUUCUAAAAUGGAUUAAAUUGUUUUUCUUCUUCUCAUCAA